UUGUAUGAAUAGACUAAACUGUGAAUCAAAGUGACUAAACAUUAAAUUAGUUUCUCUUUUCAAUCUAUUUAAUUAGUUUACUUAAUUGUUUUAUUUUCUCACUUUAAUUAUUGGUAAUAUUGAAAAUGUUCCUUACAAGGUCUGAAUAUGAUCGUGGUGUCAACACCUUUUCCCCUGAAGGUCGACUCUUCCAAGUUGAAUAUGCAAUUGAGGCAAUUAAGCUCGGAACCACUGCUAUUGGAAUUUCAACAUCUGAAGGUGUUCUUUUGGCAGUAGAGAAAAGAGUAACUUCUCCUCUUAUGGAACCAGCAACCACUGAGAAAAUUGCUGAAAUUGAUUCUCAUAUUGGAUGUGCUUGUAGUGGACUUAUGGCCGAUUCUCGUACUCUUGUUGAUCGAGCUCGAGUUGAAGCUCAGAAUCACUGGUUCUUAUACAAUGAAAACAUGUCCGUUGAAAGUGUUACCCAAUCUGUUUCCAAUUUAGCCAUUCAAUUUGGUGACAGUGACAGCGAUGGUAAUGCGAUGAGUAGACCUUUUGGUGUUGCUAUUCUUUUCGCUGGUUGUGACGAUGGUGGACCACAAUUGUUUUACAUGGAUCCCUCUGGAACUUAUGUUCAAUGUGAUGCUAAAGCGAUUGGCUCAGGUUGUGAAGGUGCUCAACAAGCCUUACAAGAAGCCUAUUCUAAAUCUUUAUCUUUAGCUGCUGCUCUGAAAGUUUUACUAACAAUCUUGAAGCAAGUCAUGGAGGAGAAAUUAAAUUCUACUAAUGUUGAAGUAGCAAUAAUUAAACCUGACACAGGAUACCGAAUGUUAUCAAAAGAGGAGAUCGAAAAUGCCAUCAAAGAAAUACCAGUUUAAAAACUUUAAAAGUCUCUUUCUCUCUCUAAUCGUCCUCUGAAGUUUUUUAUAUGUUUCAGUUUCCAUCUUUCAACUUUGAAAAAAAACUCUCCCAAGUUUCUGGUUUAAAAGGAAAAUCUAAUUAAACAAAUAUUGUCAUAUAAACAAAACAAAAA